GAAAAGCAAAUCCCAAAUCAUGUAAAACAUAUUAAAAUUUGGGUCUAGUUUGAUUUUCUGUUUCUUUAUACAUUUCAAGGCCACGAGAUUAUUUUAUUGCAAGAAGUUCUAUAAAAUCAAAAAAUUAAAUACAUUUCUUUCUAGUUUUGUGUUCCCUUCCCCACCUGCAACUUUCUCAUUUUGACAAAUUGGUUUUUUCUACUUUGUUUGGUGAGUUGUAUCUCUGUUUGAAGUGAGGGGCUACUUUGUUUGGUGAGUUGUAUCUCUGUUUGAAGUUCUAUAAUCAACCCUAAUUUGCUUCCUCUAUGUUUAAUGUACAGAUUUUGAAGCAUGAUUGGCCAGCAAGAUGGCAAAGCUUUAUUCCUGAUCUUGUUUCAGCUGCUAAAACUAGUGAAACAAUUUGUGAGAAUUGCAUGGCUAUAUUGAAGCUUCUAAGUGAAGAGGUGUUUGAUUUCUCAAGAGGAGAGGUGACUCAAAGUAAGAUAAAGGAGCUUAAACAAUCAUUGAACAGUGAAUUUCAACUCAUUCAUGAGCUAUGCUUAUAUGUACUAUCAGCCUCUCAAAGAACUGAGCUUAUACUUGCAACACUCUCCACAUUGCACGCAUUUCUCUCAUGGAUUCCCCUGGGAUAUAUAUUUGAGUCUCCAUUGCUUGAAACGCUGCUGAAUUUUUUCCCCAUGCCAUCGUAUCGGAAUCUCACUCUUCAGUGUUUGACAGAGGUUGCAGCACUUAAUUUUGGAGAUUUCUACAAUGCCCAGUAUGUUAAGAUGUACACCAUAUUCAUGAAACUGUUACAGGUAGGUCCGAAAUGAAAUGCUUAUUGUAGUACUAUCUUUGGUUGGCUUACUCAUCACAUCAUUGUCCAGUUUUUUCUUUUAUUUAAUUGUAUGUC